GCUAUGGGACAGGUGUUAAAUUUGUACUUGAAGGAACUGACUUUAUUUCCAUGCGCAUAGUUCAGCAUGUAUAAAAGAAAUUAAGGCUUAAUGUUAUAAAAAAAAAAGGUUUUCUUGAUUUCUUUGUUAUUCAAUAUAACCCUAUUUUUUUUAUACACAAAUAUAAAUAUUUGUACUUUUCUUACAGUCUCAUCCUGAACAUUACCAAAUUUUAUGCAUGCACUGUUAUAAUAUUGAUUUUAUUUAAAGAUAUUUGAAUACAUAAAUUUACUUAUACAUAAGUGUGAUCAACUAAAACUUAUGACUUUACAUUUGUUGUGAUAGAGCCAAAAAUGGAAAGAAAAAAACAAAAGAUAAGAAAGAAAAAACCAAGGAUUCAAACAACACCUGAUCAUACAUCAAGUCAUGUCUCGGCCCCUGAAGAGUUGACAACAGAGGUGGUGGCACUCAAACAUGGAGACACCAGAACUGGGGCAAAGAAACUUUCACCUGAUCAAACAUCAAGUCAUGUCUUGGCCUGUCAAAAAAUGACAACAGAGGUGGUGGCACUCAAGCCUGGAGACACCAGACCUGGGGCAAAGAAACUUUCACCUGAUAAAAAAGCUAGAUAUGUCUUGGCCCAUCAAAAAAAGGCAACAGAGGUGGUGGCACUCAAGCCUGGAGACACCAGACCUGGGGCAAAGAAACUUUCACCUGAUAAAAAAGCUAGUUAUGUCUUGGCCCAUCAAAAAAAGGCAACAGAGGUGGUGGUACUCAAACCUGGAGACACCAAACCUGGGGCAAAGAAACUUUCACUUGGUAAAAAACCUAGUCAUGUCUUGGCCCGUCAAAAGAUGACAACAGAGGUCGUGGCACCUGAACCUGGAGACACCAGACCUUGGGCAAAGAAACUUUCACCUGAUCAAACAUCAAGUGAAUUCUCGGCCCGUCAAAAAAUGACAACAGAGGUGGUGGCACUCAAACCAGGAGACACCAGACAUAAGACAAAGAAACUUUCACCUGAUCAAACAUCAAGUCAUGUCUUGGCCCGCCAAAAAGUGGUGGCAUUCAAAGCUGAAGACACCAGACCUGAGGCACAGAAACAAUAUUAUUACACUUGGGUUUUUAUAUUAUUCUUAUUAUUUUUAAGUAUAUUUUUUAUACUUAUUAUUUUCUUUAAAAAUUACUAAUCUUGUAUGAGUUACUGUAAAUAACGAUGUAAAAAUCUGGCUAUAAAGUAACUGUAAAAAUGUUUGGUUAAAGUUUGUUUAGAAAUACACAUAAGGCUGCAAGCAAGUGGAAAGUAAGGAAAUGUAUGCUAUGUGUUUCUGACAGUUUGCCUUUACAGCUGGUCUGAAAGGAACAAUAAAUCUAAUUAAGAAACAAAAAAAAAACGAUUUUGGACCCUAUAUAGAUACAAAACCUAAGAAUAUUUGUGUAUGCAGCAAGUGGACCUCACAACAACUGAAUGUUGGAAAUGAACCCCAUAAGUGACCAAAAAACUAACAUAAACUUUUUAACAUUCAAAUUCGUUUAAACAAAAAUGUUUUUUAUGUUUGGUAUUUUUUUAUAGUGCUUCCUGAUUUUUUUCACACCUGUAGCACCUUUACAAAUGGUGGACCCCACAACUUGCUAAAAAACUGUUGGGCCCCUCAAAGGGGGAAUGCAAGUAUGUGUGUGUGUGUGUGUGUGAUGUACACUCACACACACACCAGGGGGGUCGGUGUGUGUGUACAUCACACUCACACCUGUUGUGGGUCACACAGACACAACAGUGUCAUCAGGCAGAGCCAAACAUGCAUCACCACAACGUCUGACCUUCAGCAGAGCUUGAGCUC